AGUCUUAAAAAUUUAUUUCUUGUAUCAGUGGACCAUUAGUGAAAAAUGGAAGGCGAACGAAUAAAAGACUUAAAUAAUUUAUUAAAACAAGUUUUUGGAGAAAAUGUUGAAAUAUUGGACAAGACAAUAUCAAAUCUCACACUCCCAGGAGAAAAUUACUGGAGUGACAUGCUCAAAUUGCAAGUAACAACCAAGAAUAAGGACACUAAUGCUACAAACACCGAACAUUUUGUCGCAAAAUGUUGUAUGGUCGACGAGAAGAUGCCAAAAGAACUGGCUGAGGCGAAUAGCCACAUGUUUAAACCAGAAAUUGCCUUCUAUAAUGAAAUAAUACCAACAAUGCAGAAGUUUUCAAAAGAACAUGGUCUGAAGGAAGUCGAUUUUUUUCCAAAAUUGAUUGCUGCUAGAUAUAAUCUUGAUGGUAAAGAAGAUCCUGACGAGAAUGCAGUUCUGCUUUUGGAAAAUCUUCAAGUGGCAGGAUAUACUAAUGAAGACAGGCACAAGGGAUUCGACUUAGAUGGUAGCAAAUUACUGUUGACUGACCUAGCAGCAUUCCACGCAAUUCCUAUAGCAAUCAAACUGAAAGACCCGGAUUUGUUUAAAAAGGUAUUUAUCGACAACUGCCCAGGCCCACCAAAGUUUAUGGACAAACCCAAAGACAAAGGACCUGGUGAAGAUCGUGGCCCACCAUCAGUACCAAGAACUUUACUGAAACAAAUAUUAAAAGGAGAUAAUUUUUGUAGAAAAUAUGUAGAUAAAUUGGAUGCUCUACUCGAUGCUGAAGAGGAAAAAUUUAAAAAAGGAAAGUUAUUCAGUAAGCCUGAUCCAAACAAAUCGGUAUUUUCUGGACUUCUACAUAAAGAUAUGUGGUUAAAUAAUACUAUGCAGAAGAAGGACAAAGAUGGAAAGAUGAUAAAAAAUAAAUUUGUGGACUUUCAAAUGUACUCUGUACAAGAUAUUACGUUAGAUCUAUUUUUCUUUCUUAUUACCAGUGUGGAUGUAGUCGUUUUAGAAGAACAUUUUGAUUAUCUUUUAAUGUUGUACCAUGAACAUUUCAUUAAAACUUUAGAAUCUUUUGGAUGUGACGUAGGUCCAUUUAAAUAUCUCGAUUUUAUAAAUAAUCUAAGGCAAAACGCUCUUUUAGAAUUUAUGCAUAUAGUUAUGAUGAACACCACUGUAAUAUUUGCCAAAAAAGGAGAGAAAACUAACUUUGACCAAAUCAAAAAUUUAACAGUUAGUACCAUACAUCCUAUUGCUAGAAGGAAAUUUGUGUUUUUAUUCAAAAUCGUGAUUCAAAAAGAGUGGAUUUAGUCAGAUAUUUAUAAAUAAAUAAUAUAAAAAACAAUAAAUAUUUUUAUACUGU